CUGGGAUGAAAUGCGCGCUCGGAUGCAACCUGCAGGACUGUGCCGCUGAGAGUUGAGGCCCUGGGAGGCAGGACAGUGCAGGACAGGGCCGCUUUCACCCUUGGUCUCCCCCGUCCUCUCGGUUCAUCCCCCUGCGGGCGUUUGCUGUCUUUCUUUCCUCUCCCGGCCCGUUCAUUUCUGCGCUUCAACCCCCCUGCCCGCGGCCAGUUUCUUCGACCUGCUCCUUCCAUUGCUACACUGCUGUCGAAAUCAUUCACCGCGGCCGUUUCCUUUCGAAAGAGCUUUGUUGAUUGGGGGAUCGCAAUUGAGGGUUUGGCGGACUCACACAGACGAGCCAUGGCGCCGUGCCUGGGCCCCGCACUUACAAGCAUCGCGGAUGGCUCCUCCUCAGCACGGGUCUAGAAUUUCUAAAUGGACUUCCUCCCACACCCCACCUUCGGCGUCGAGCCCUUGGAUAUCCCCUUCGUCGCCGACACCCCUUACGUCUUCGGCACCGAUUUCUGGGACUUCCCGAAGCUUCACGGCUUUGGCGACCAGUGGGCCAGCCUACCUGCACCACGCCUGGCCUCGCUCGCGCAGUCAUGGCUUUACUUCGGGACCAUCUCCGAGUUCCUGGGCAGGCCCAUCGACUACCGCGAGUUCCAGGUCUCGCGGAGCGUGUCGGGAAAGCCCCUGCUGCCGCUACUGGACGAAUGGUUGGCCUCGCACGCCAUCACGGCCGACGGCCCUGCGGACCGGGGGGAUGCGGAUGAGCUGGAACAGCGGAGGCAGGUGCUCUACGAGCAUGCCAGGUUUCUGGAUGCCGUCAUCCAGCUGGCCGAGGACUUCGACAAGGUCUCUCAAAGCCACGUCAAGCCCAUCCCGACGAUCAUCCUAUCUGUCAAGGUUCUCUGCAUCGCGUUGAGAAGCAUGCUCUGGCACCUGGCUCGGGGUAAUGUCGAUGACACCCUCAUGUGGCCGUCACCCGCCACGCGCAGGCGCCGGGAGCUUGUACCGGCGGCCGACGCUCCCGGAAAGCAGACGCUCUGCCCCAGCGCGCAACUGCUGCUCGACGUGCUGCGCCUGCGCGGAUGGUGUCCGUUCUACGCCCGCAAGGUUAUGACUUCAUACAACUACGCGCUGGCUUAUUACUUCACCCGCCUCUUCCGGACCUACUCUCCGGGGCUCAGUCACGACGGGUGCUCCGAUGACGAGUGCGUGGCCAGCAAUGUCGACAUCUUCAGCUACGUCCCGAAACAUGCCCGCGGCGGCUGCCUUUGCCAACCCAAGUCCGUGCCGAUGGAUCAGAUCCGCGCCAUCAUCGAGGAUGGCGGCAUUCCGCUGAUCCGGCUGAGGGGUUCAUCCCGGACCGGAGUCAGGAUCGAAGUCACCCGGAUGACUGCCAGAACGCGUUUCGUUGCCGUGUCCCACGUGUGGUCAGAGGGCAUUGGCAAUGCGCACACCAACGCGCUGCCCGAGUGCCAGUUGCGGCGCCUUCACGCGCACAUCAGCAAGCUGAAACCUCUCAGGAGGGAUCAGGGCGCUGAUGUGGACUUCAACCCCCUCAGCUCACUCGAUACAGGUUUCCAACCGGCGAUGGCGCGGCGGCCGAAAUAUCUCUGGAUCGACGCUCUCUGCAUGCCUCCGGGAGGCUCCACCGCCUUUCUGAGACUCCGGGCUAUCAACAAGCUACCCGCCGUGUAUCAGGCAGCCGACCGGAUUUUGGUUCUGGAUUCGACCCUAGAGCGGAUGUCAGUUGCGGACUCGGACAGCCUCGAGCAGUUCGCGAGGUUCAUGGUGAGCCCCUGGAUGGGGAGGUGUUGGACGUUCCAGGAAGCAGCCUUGGCUUCAGCGUGCGAGGUUCAGUGCGCUGACGGCACCUUUGACGCGUUCUCACCACAAGCCAAACCGAGGCUGACUGUGCCCCCUGCAACGGCCCAGGGGCGACGGAGUGCUUGGUCGGAUGGGCUUAUGCGGCCUGUGGACUUCUUGGGCCGGAAACUGUUCCGAAAGUCAGAAACGCAGUCUAUGCAGUUGUUGGGCGGCCAGUCAACGAUGGGAGUCGAUACCAGCACAGCAAUGUUGGCGAGCCUGACCCGGUCUCUCAGCCAGGAGUUCCGGUCAGCGUUUGCCAACGGCGUCAAGCCCAGCAGAACUGCCCUAGGGGAGGGCAAGCUGGCUCCGGACUUCUGCACACUCUUCGUCCAGGUAUGGAACGAGCUGAGCAAGCGGGCAACGACAGUACCAGGCGACAUGCACAUCAUCAUGGCGAGUCUGCUCGGUUUCCACACGGAGCCUAUCAUGCGAUUGACCAAGUCGGCAGAGCGCAUGUCUUGCAUUCUACGAAGCAUGGAUGGGAUUCCCAUGUCCCUGCUCUUUAACCUUGACGGACCAAGACAUAACCCCGCGAAGAACCAUCGGGAUCGCUGGCUGCCACUCUAUCCCUCUCGACAAAAGUUGACGUUUGGGUCCACGUUCACGAAUCUCCGGUCGGUUAAGGACGAUCUGUAUCUGCCGAAUAACAGCGUCAGCCGGAAGAAAGUUGCUGUCUUCGUCUGCACGGGCGCGACCGAUCCCUUCUCCUCCUGCGUGUUCACCCUGCGGGAUACGUCUUCUGGCGAGCAGUUCUCUGUGGUAGUCCACCGGCAUGAAGGGGAGAUGGAUGAGUUUGCGACGCCGGAUAUCGGCCCCUACUGCAUAGCCAUUCAACUGGAACCAGAGCUAGGUUACAGACCGGAGGGUUACAUUGAUGGGUUGGGCGCUGUUCCCAGAACGUUUGCUGGUGCACUAUUCCGUGUCCGACGUGUUGUGACAAAUGUCAAGAGGCUUUAUUACCACAAUCUCGAAUCGGAAUAUGAGAGCUCCUUUGAGCUGAUCGAAGAUGAUGCGUACGGGAGCAGCAGCAGCUUGGAAACAGCGAACAAGACGGCGACGAACUACCUGGAUGGGAAUCUGGCUCUCGCAUUCUCGGAUCACGAACGAGGGAUACUGCGGACCGUGUACGACUGUCCACUCACGGUGUCUUGCACACCAAGCGGAACCGACAUACUACACUCUCCGUCGAAGGAAGGGCCGACGUUAGCGGCGCAACCACUUCCUGAGACCUGGCAGGUGGUUCUCGAGCGAGAACCGCCAACCUCAACCCCCCUCCCCUCGCGCCCCUCCUUCGCAGAAGCCAUUACCCCCGUAUCGGCAUACCUAACCGUAACAGCCCUCGACGGACUCGUCGCAAGCGGCUGCGUCGGGCUCGCCAUCGCCAUCUGCGCUACCAUGUUCUACCGGCUUUCCCUCCUCGCCAAAGCCACCAUCAUCGCAAAACUCAUCUUGCAUUCCCUCUUUCUCAUUCAAAUGUUCCUCUUCCCUGGCGUCGAGGUGCGUCUGGUCUGGGACGUCCUCCAUCUUGUACUGGUAACCCUCUACACUUUCUCUCGCGUCGGCGGCGGGGUGGGCAGGAUGGACGCUCUGGACUGGUCAUUUGUAGCGUGGGCGUUUCUCGGGCAUACCGUGGAUUUACUUGCGAGGUUGGUCAUCCAGUGGGUUAUAGUGCCGAGCCUGUUCGAGAAGUAUCUUGCCUCGUUUGAUGGGGAUGCUUUUUGUGAUGACCAGGAAUCGGGGUACAAUGGGAAGAAGGGGGCUGCUUCUGCUGUUGGGGGAAGGAGAAGAAGGAGGAGGUCUGGGUUUGUUGUUGUUGCGAGGUCACGGUGGUAUCAUCGGGCGAGGCUAAAACUUAGGUGGUGGCGGUAUGGUAGUGGUAGGUAUAAUGACGAGGAGGGACAGGAGGAGGUUCAUGGUGGCGCUGGCGGUGGUGGUGGGAGGGAUGAGGUGGCGGCAUAUGGGCGCUUAGAGCAGCAUUUGCUUGGGGAUAUGAAAGGACGGGUAUGAUGGGUCGAUUUACUGUUCCGAGGAGCGGGCAUAAUGUUGUUGGGGAUUUACAGGUCUAAGGAAACGGUCGAUACCGAUGGCAGCUAAAAAGCCUUGGAUGGGAUGUUGGUUUGUUUACUGGGCCAUGUGAAAUAACCUUGGCGUUCGUGUCCGUAUCUGUGAAUAUAUUGUCUAAUGAUUGAUCAACUGUGUGACUGAUAUCAGAGUGCAUUGUACCCAAAGAGCAGGGCAGUUUCACGGAGAGUAAUUGUUCAAGUAACCUUUGCCUGGAUAUUUAGGUCCAGC